CGCCGGGGAGGGCUGGGGCCUGGUGGUGGCUGCUCGAGUCUGACUCCGGCAGACAUGGACCCUGAUGACCUGGAGGAGCAAGCAGCAGUGCUGCAAGGAAGGCCUGUUGGUGGCUGGGGCCUGGUGCAGCUCGCAGCUGGCACGGGCUUUGCUGCCUACGUUAUGUGGGCAGGAGUCCUCAUGCCUGGCUUCCGCAAGGUUCCUUUAAAGCUACAGGUGCCAUAUUUGCCAUCAAGUGCCCAGCAAGUUGCCAAUACGAUGUCACUGCUGAAAGGACGCUCUGGAAAGAUGGUGGAUUUAGGGUCCGGUGAUGGCCGACUUGUACUAGAGGCCUAUAAACAAGGUUUCCAACCAGCUGUCGGUUAUGAACUCAACCCCUGGCUGUUGGGACUAUCCAAGUAUCGGGCCUGGAGGGCUGGGUAUUAUGGGAAGGUUUCCUACCAACGGGAAGAUCUGUGGAAGGUGAACCUGUCUGACUGCUACAAUGUGACGGUGUUCCUGGCUCCCAGUGUGCAACCAAUCCUCGCAACCAAGCUGGUCGCAGAACUCCCAGAUGAGGCCCGUGUGGUGGCUGGACGCUUCCCCUUUGCUGCCUGGACACCAACAAGCAUUGUUGGGGAGGGGCUGAACAGAAUUUGGGCUUAUGACAUGAAGAGUGUGCGGCAGGCACAGCAUAACAACCCUGAAGAAGCCAAGCGUAAGAACCAGAGCUAAUGCAAAGCCUGGGUGCCAUAGAACAAAGGAUCAGGAGGCUGUAGGAGUGAGACUGCUACUUUGGCCUGCUGGUACUACUGUCUCACAGAAGCCCUAUGAUGGGUAUAUGCUGAAUAGGGUCAUAUGUGCACACAGGAAUUUGUCUCUCACUAACCAGGGAGUGGGGGACUGCCUUCUCUCUUACCAGAAUCACGAGACUCAGUCUGGAAAUCCCUGAAGAACUGUCACAGGAUCCAUGGUGAUUAUUGUUUGAUUUCUGGUUUGAAGAACUAAUUUGUUUUGUUAUUUUAUUUGUAAUUUGCUUUGUAACAAUAAAAGUCCUGGUGCCA